GUCACCAGGUGCGCUUCCCGGCCUGCUGCUCGCAGGGCGGGCCCCGCUGGCCCCGCGGCCAGUCGCCACCACCUCCUCAUCCUCCUCAGUCCCCAGGGCGGCGCGGCCGAGCCGAUCUCCAGGCUUCCCCCCUCCUCCCUUUUUUCUCUCCCUCCCUCCUCCGCAGCCGACGUGCCCCGCGGCACCGGGCGGCUGGCCUGCGGGCGAGCCGCGGCGCCGCGGCGGUGCCCGAGUGGCGACAGUCCCCGCAAGACUCCCUUUUCCCUGCAGGAUGAAGAACCCGAUGCUGGAGGCGGUGUCCCUCAUGCUGGAGAAGCUGCUCCUCAUCUCCAACUUCAAGCUCUUCAGUUCGGGCGCCCCUGGCGAAGACCAGGCGAGGAACACUUUCUAUGAGAUCAGCUCUUUCCUCCGCGGCGACGUGCUGGAGGUGCCUCGGACCCACCUGACGCACUAUGGCAUCUACCUGGGCGACAACCGUGUCGCCCACAUGAUGCCCGACAUCCUGUUGGCCCUGACUGACGACAAGGGGCUCACGGAGAAGGUGGUCUCCAACAAGCGUCUCAUCCUGGGCGUCAUUGGCAGGGUGGCCAGCAUCCGCGUGGACACAGUGGAGGACUUCGCCUACGGAGCCAACAUCCUGGUCAAUCACCUGGACAAGUCGCUCAAGAAGAAGGCGCUGCUCAACGAAGAGGUGGCGCUGAGGGCGGAGAAGCUGCUGGGCAUGACCCCCUACAGCCUGCUCUGGAACAACUGCGAGCACUUCGUCACCUACUGCAGGUUCGGCACCGCGAUCAGCCCCCAGGCCGACAAGUUUUGUGAGAAUGUGAAGAUAAUUAUUCGUGAUCAGAGAAGUGUUCUUGCUUCGGCAGUCUUGGGAUUGGCGUCUAUAGUCUGUCUCGGUUUGGCAUCAUAUACUACCCUUCCUGCAAUUUUUAUUCCAUUCUUCUUAUGGAUGGCUGGCUAACUUCAUACCCUCGUGUCACUGUGUGUAUUCUGUGUGUAGAUAUGUUUAUAUUUAUAGAGCACAAAUCAGUAUAAGCAUCGUCAAGAAAAAUGUGACCUGUAAUACUGUGUUCUGGAUAAAAAUGUGAUUAAGAAUCACGCAAAGUGCUUACCGUGUAAGCCCAAGAACAGAGGCUUUCUGAAUCUUCCCAGGCAGUUCCAUUUCAAAGCACUGCGAAUCUUGGAAACAUGACAGCUUGUGUUAGAAUUCACCAUUACAAGAAAACCAAGCCCCUGAGAUGAUGGCCACAGGAGAUUAUUUGUGUUAUUUUUUUCUCCUGUAAUCAUUGUUCUUCUCUGUUAAGCCUGAAUUAGAAGAUUGGAAAAUGUAUUGAACAACACCAGUAACUUUUUAUUGUAAAUAUAUGCUGUUUCGGAAAAAUUAUAUUAAACUAAAAGAAUUUCCCUUAUUCAAAAUAUGUUUGAUGAUUGGCUAAAAAAAAAAACAAAUCACAAGUUUUACAUGUAUUAUAUAUAAUUUUCAAUAAGUCAGGAAUAAUUUCCUUACCUGAAACAAUAUUGGUUUAGGUUUAAUGAUAAAGUAACUGACCAGAACUAUAGAAAUCUGUGUUUUCCUGCAGAAACAGCUACUAAUGCUAUAGUUUGAUUUGAUUUGGCUUUACUUAAUAGGAAACCUGGCAUUCAUUUUUUUUUUCCUUUUGUCACUGUAGUUACUUUAAACCACUCUGAGAGGAAAAUGAACAUAGGAUUGAAGUAAUUUGUUUACUUUGGAGUGUGUAUGUGCCAAGUAAAUACACAGAUAUCCACAUACACUGAGACCGAUGAGAGACAGAUUUAGUUCUUGACUGCUUUGUCAUCAUACCAGUGUAGUUAGUAUAGUGCACUGGUGGAGGUGAAUGUGAAAGCGUACUCAGUCCAUUUUCUUAUGCCCUUGUGUCUGUGGUGUAACCUUCAUGUAUGUCAUUGGAUGGUUUAAUUUUAAAGCACUUACUAAUGCACUGUAUAAGUUUUAAAAGCCCUGAGAUUUGUUUCAUUUGUUCCAUUUCAUUGCUAAGUCAAUAUAGUUUACACCCUUAAAAGAACAAUGCUUCAGCAAUAUAUAAAACCAAACAAAUAGGAGCAAAGGAACUAACUGUUAGAAAUCAUUUUUAAGUGUCUUAAUACGACCAGGCAUGUAAGUUGAUUACACAGAGGCUGUUUUAAUAUCACAGUUGAGAUGUAGCAGUGUUAAAGCAAGCAGGCAAGUACUUUUGCAAAAUUACCAAAUUCUAAAAGCUAAGCUGCAAGUUAGACUUGCAUUUCAAGUAUUAAAACUGCUUUAUAAACUAUCAAGAGUCACAAAAUAAUGAGUCACGUUAUUGGUAUGAGGAAGGCGGGGUUAGUCACUCAGUGAUCCAAUCAAAACAAAUUUAAGAGCAGAUUUUAGAAUAUCACCACUAAUUUAUCUACAACAAAUUCAGUUAAAUAAUAGUUAAACUUUGUGUUUAAUCAUUUCAAUGUUUUGAAUAAUUAAAGCAUGAAAUGACAGUACCACGGAAUAAAGUGUUCUAUGGGCCUGUUCCAACCAUUUAAAGUUAUCUUAAGUGUGUAAACAUAAAAACAACCACUAUGAGA